AGCGUCCUUGGAGAUGUUGCCAGUUAUGCCUUAACUUUCGCCUAUCACUAUUCCGCACAUAUGUGUUUAUGUUCGAAAUAGAGACCGUAUCGCCAUUGAAACAAAACCUAACUUUUGAUCGGAAACGGUCAAAAGUUGUAAAGGUAAAACACGAAUGAGCGCCUCUUAAACUACUUCUCCAGCUGUGCUAACGUAACAAUGACUGCAGCUGCACUCAUUGGAGACCAGCUGAUCCUCGAGGAGGACUACGAUGAGAACUACAUUCCCUCUGAACAAGAAAUCCUAGAGUAUGCUAGAGAGAUUGGCAUCGAUCCUGAGAAUGAGCCAGAGCUGAUGUGGCUGGCAAGGGAAGGCAUUGUUGCCCCUUUGCCCCCAGAGUGGAAGCCUUGCCAAGAUGUGACAGGGGACAUCUACUAUUUUAACUUCUCCUCAGGCCAGUCAACCUGGGAUCACCCCUGCGAUGAGCAUUACCGCCGCUUGGUGGUCGAGGAGCGUGAACGUGCCCAGGUCAAUGCUGCUGCAGGGGGCACGGGAGCAAAGAAGGAUAAGGAGAAGAAGAAGAAGAAAGAAAAGAAGGAGAAAAAAGAGAAGAAGAAGAAGGAGCUGCUCAAGACCCCUGGUACUCUGAGUUCAGCCUUGGCCCCCCUUUCGUCCCCACUGGGUAGUCUGGCUCCGCUAAGAGGUCUGGAUGCUCCAGGUCCUUCUCCUGCUCUACGGCGGUCACUUGGCAGCUCUGGGGGUCUGGAGCCCCUAAAGACAUCUCUUGGGGUGCCUCGGAGUGCAGGAGCCUCCAGUGUUUUGGGCAGCAGACAUGGAGAGCGUGUGUCUCUCUCUCUGCCUGGCUUUGACGAUGAUGAAGAUGAGAAGAUCUCAGAAGCAGAGCCAAGCCCUCGUGGUUCGGACCGAUUAUUGAAGAACCUGCAUCUAGACCUGGAUGCUCUCGGAGGAGGCCUACAAUAUGAGGACAGUGAAGCUAGUGGUGGAGCUCCAGUGGAGGAAAGAACAGAGCCAGAGCUGCAGGACUUGGCCCUAUCUGGAGACCACAGCCCUGAACCACCAUCCCAACAGGACUCUUUGAGGGGCCGCAGCCUCCGCCUGUCCUCACUGGCGGGCAGCAGAAACCGCAUCAGUGAGGAGGGGACGGGUCAUGACAGCCCUGAACCUGAACAAGUUGCUGAGCUGGAAGUAGCCGAGGAGUUACAUGAGGCAGUGGAAGACGAGCAGGAGGGAGGAGAGUUGGAAGAUGAGGGUGAUCAAAAUGAGAGAGGGGAGGAUGAAGGAGGAGGAAAAGCAGAAGAAGAUGAGGAGGAGAAAGAAGCCCAGGAUGAGGGUGCAGAUGACAGAAACAGCAAAGAGGAGGAUGAGAAAGAGGAAGAGCAGGGAGGAAGUAAAGGGUUUAUAGUGAGUGUGAAAGAAGGAGGGGAGGAAGAGAAUAAUGAGGUUGAGGAGGAAUACCAAGAAAGUGAUGAUAGAGAAGAGGAAGAAGGGGACAGUGAAGUUUUAGAAAGAAAGAUAAACAAUGAAAAGCAGAAAAGUGCUAAAAAAGAGGAAAAUAGCUGUGAUGAUGAAGUGGAGCAUUUCAUCGAAAGUGAACAUGAUGUGGCCAAAGAUGGAGAACAAGAAGAGACGGAUGUUCCAAAAGAAGAAGAAAAGCACACAUUUGAGAAGGGCAGUGAUGAAGAAGGAGGGAGUGAAGAGGAGGAAGGCAAAGGUGGCAGAGAGAAAGAUAAGAAUGAGAGACACAGAGAUGAUGAAAUGGAGAAAAGUAACAGUGAUGUAGAGGAGGUAGAGACUGGAGGCAGAAAAGAGGGAAAAAAGGGGGAAGAGGAGAGUGAGAGCGAGGAAGCUUUGCAGAGAUGCUCCCUGAGCCAGAGGAAGCUGACAGAGAGUGACGAGGAAGGGAAUGACAGAUCUGUGCAGAGCCAGAGAGUGGAAACAGAAGAGGAAAGGUUGGAGAUCGAUGAGGAAUCAGAUCUCCAGAAGCCCUUAAAAGUAUCGGAUGAUGAGGAAGAAGUUGUCAAGGUUUUUGAGACUGGAAAGGCUCAAGUCCAACCGAAGCUGAGUGACAUUAAAACUCUUAACCAAAAAAGAAAAGCUCUCGCUGACAUGAUGAGGAACGGGACCAAUAAAUGGCCCCUACCUGCAGAGGAGUCUGAGGACAGGAAGAACACUGAAGAGGCUUCAUCCUCCAUGGAUGAAAAGCUGUCAGAGAAAAAUUUUGACCUGUCUGGUACCGUCAGUCCACUGGAGAAAGACUACAAAGAGGAAGCAGAAGAAGAGGACAAGAAGGAGGAGAAAACAAAGAAAGCAGAGAUUCCAAAGAGGAGUUUACAGACCACUGGCAAAGACAACAUCACAGCUCAAAAAAUUGACCGACUUGUGCUGCACCAGUCCAGUCCAUCACACUCCCUCUCAGACUCGUCCCACGCAGGACAGGUUGUCAAUUUCCAUAUUAAAACUGAAGGUCUCGGCACCCCUCUGGAACUUCAAAGACCUGAAACCUCAAGGGGUCGCCUGGCCCGCAUUUCAAACACCCAACGAGAAGACACUGAAUCCUCCUUUCAAAACAGAGCGAGCUCCCCGGAAGAGGAGUCAAGCUGGAGAAUCCAGCAAUACCGAGAGCAGAAAGAGGAAGAGGAGGAGAGGAGGAGGGCAGAGAGGGUGGAGAGAAGUCUCAAAGAGAGAAGGGAUGAAAAGGAAAGAGAGAGAAGGGAAGCUGAUCGUGAGUUGGAGGAGGAGAAGGAGCGAAUGAAGACAGAGAAGGAGAAGAGAAUGCGCAGACUUCAGGAGGAGCUGAGGAGAGAAGAGGAGGAAGAGGAAAGGAGGCUUAAGGAGGAAAGUGAGGAAAGAUUGAGGGCUUUGCGGCAGCGUGCCCUUACUAAGAGAAAGGAGGAGGAGGCAAAGCUGAAUGAGGAGUCUGAGAGGAUGCUGGAAGAAAUCAGAGAGUCCAUCCAGGAGGAGAGGGAGAGGCAGCAACAGAAGCUAAGGGAGGAGAAUGAGGUCAAGGUGAAAGAACUACUAGUCACUCUGGAGGAAGAACGAGCAGCAGAGCGAGGUAGACUGGAGGCCAGGAAGAGAAAAGACAUCGAGCAUUUGGAGGCAGAGUUGGAGGAGGAUCUGCAGCUGGAGAAGAAGAGACUUCAGGCGGAGAGGGAGGAGAAGCUGAACUCUCUAAAACACGAGGUCAGAAUCACAGAUAGCAGGAGGGAACUCAUGAGUCCACGACCUGAAAAGCAACUGGCAGAGUACCACAGAGAGCUGGCCGGUGUUCUUCAGGAGGUGCGGGAUGAAGUGCAGCGUGAUCACGAAAGGAAGCUGGAGCAGCUGAAGGAGGAACACAGGAGAGAGAUGAACAGCAUCAGAGAGAAAUACCUGGAUGAAGAGACUGCUCAGAGAGAGCGCUUGCUCUCCACUCUGCAGGAGGACAGAGAGCGUCUUCAAGCCUUACAUGCUGUCCAGUUGGAGAAGCUCCGCUUCCAGCUCGACUCACAGACACAGAAGACACAGCUGGCACACUCACGCAAGGAGGCAGAACUGCAGGAUCUGGCAGAUCAGAUGGAGCUAAAAGCCAAAGAGCUCAAGAGUCAGGAGGCCAUGCUGCAGACAAGGGCUGCUGAACUGAAGAAGAGAAGGAAGAAGCUAGGGGAAGAAGAAGAUGAGUUGGACAGCCAGUUAGAGGCUUUACCUCUGCUGAUUCAGGAGAGAGACCAGCUGAAAGAGGAGCUGAAGAGGAUGAGAGAGGAGAAAAAUCAAGCCAGAGAACUUCUCCAGAGAGCCAGGGAGGAAAGAAGUGAGGCCAGAGAUGAACAAGAGAAGCUCAGGGAGGAAAGAGACAAAGCUCGGGAGGAGAGGAGAAGGGCAAAGGAGGAAAAGGAGCGACUGGAAGGCAAGGUGGCACUGCUACAGGAGAGAUGUGACAGUCUCAACCACAGGAUCAGUGAGAUGGGACAAGGGGAAGGAGCAUGUUCCUCAACCCGACCAGAACCAAGACAAGACAGCAAGAGGACAGAGAAGGCAGAGAAAGCAGAAACCACAGCCCUCUCUGAUGACGGAAAAGACUCAUCACUUCAUGCAGAAGACCUGGAUGACCCACCACUGUCCCCAAUACAUGACAGCCACAGCAGCAUGGAUGAGUUCAGACGCUACAUUUCCUCACACGGAGCAUCCAUCCAAAAAACGAAACUCUUCCUUGAGAAGAAGAGCAGCUGGCUGAUGGAGCAACAGGCAGCUCUUCAGGCAGCUCAGACCAGCUCAACUGAGGACCCUGACCGGGAAGGAGGGAUGACAGAGGAAAGAUGUAGAAACCUCCAGCAGGAGGCCAGAAAUUUGGUGGAGCAGCAGAAGGCAGUACUGAGAGGACAGAAACUUGUGCAGAAGACGGAGGAGCACCUUCAGCAGCUCGAGAGCUCUUUACCUGAAGAGCCACUGAUUGAGGAUCUGUCCCGGCUUGGAGAGAGAAAGGUGACCUUUGAUGUGACUGAAUCUGACCUCAGCAGCACUAUUGAUGGAGUAGAUGGAACAGGAGCUCAUCCCACCAUACCAGAUGAAGUCCAGGAGUUAGCCAAGUCCCUGCAGCAAAUCUCUGGCCAGCUUAACACCGUCCUGGGUGCUUUGGGUUCACUGACCCAGAGACAGAACACUGCACCUUAUACAGCUUACCCUCCACCUCUGUCUCAGCCUCACUCCAACCCAGCACCUACCUCCAACAUCUCCACUUCCACCCCAGUCAUGCCUCAGAUUCACACCUCAGGCCCCAGCUCGUUACCUCAGUUCUCAGAGCCGUCCUGGGCCUGGCCUCCACAAGGGGCUGCAGCUGUCGCUCCUCUCUUCAAUACUCCUAUCAGUAGUGUGAUGAGGGUGUCUGACGACUCCAUCAACAGCAGAUGGAACCAGAUAUUCCCUAGAGCAGCUGUGGACCCAAUCUCUGCCAGCACCAUGAGGCCGUCUGCUUACUCAUCAUACACUCCGGCAAGUGAAUUUGGUCGCAGCCUGCGGACGGUGCCAAAGUCAGUGGAGGUGGACAGCCAGAGGCUGCAGGGGUUAAUUGAUGGUAACAAGAGGUGGCUGGAGAUGCGCAAGAAAGACACCAGCAUACCACUCUUCACUCGCUAUCAGCCUCCUUCAUCCAAGAGCGGCCUGCUCCAGCUGGGCCUGGAUGACAACAACCAGAUCAGAGUCUAUCAUUACUGAGGAUGCUUUGCAUAGCUCAGUCCUGUUGCACUGAGACCGACACUGAGGACGUUACAGCGUUCAUGACUGUAACAGGUCAUGGCUGGGAUGUUUACACACGAGGCCUCGUGAGAGUUGGGGAAUUCUCUCUAUUUAGUGCUUUGUAACACUUAACUGGUAUUCACACAUGUACUUCUAACCUCAUCCCAACUUGAGGGGAUUUGACCGAGGGCUUGCUGGAAAAUUUUCCAAUAACUGGGAUGAAAAAUACGGCUGACUGUGUUUACACAUGCCACUCAUCCCAAAAAUUUCAGCACUUUUGUACAUGUGUAAAAGGGCUUAAGAGAAACGGAAACCGCCCUCCUCUGCUCUGUUGAAGAAGAGAUGGCAGCUGAGGAUAUCGCAGGUUAGAUUACACCAUGUCUCAGAGGGCUGAGGACUUAUUUCCUCCACUGUAACAUCAGCUUUCAACAACAUUUAAGUACUUGAAUUUUUUUGUUUACACAUUAUAUCCUGUGCCAGACCCGAGCCAAAAAGUUUAGUAUCAGAAGAACAGGUGGAUUUAUUAAGGGUUUAUUAAUAGGAGACAAUCAGAGAGAAGUAUUUUAAGGUAUAUUUACUGUGUGUACUGUACUUCUUUUACUUAUAAUAUGUCAGUUAUGAACUUGCAUGCUCUUGCAGGCAGAACAUUACAAAAAGUGCUUCACAGCUGCACAGAGGUCAAGUUUUAGUGCAAAGUUGUGCCAGUGGUUCUUAAAUGACUUGUAUGUUCACAGCGUGUUUUUUUAAUCUAUUUUCUUCAGGGUUUAUUUACUCCUAAAAACAAAGAAGCCAGUUUUAGAAUCAUACAGAGCUCCCCCUGGUGUCAUUGAAGGAAAAAAGGGCGAUGUGUAAAUCAGUGCCCUUGGUUGAUAAAUCCAUGCUCAACAUGUAUAAUCCGUGCCCAACAAUUUAUUAUCCCAACAUCGCAGACACACGUUCCCUCGCAAGAGAACAAGGAAUUGACACUUCUAGCUGCGUCCACUAAGUCCUUUACUCUAAUGGUAGAUUUGAUGCUGUUCUGUGUUUUGCAUUGGACUUUUCAAAGCUUGCUCUGUCAUUUUGUUUUUAUUGUGCUCUCCACUAAAAAAAUUAACCUUUAGUUUCAGGCUGGCGAGAAAUCAGCUAAUGUUAGCUUUCCAGACUUGUUAGAGUUUAAGUUACAAAUAUAGUGAGUCUGUGCAACUUUUUGUCCUCUUAAGAAAGACAUCAUUUUUGCUAGGCAUGCAUGAUAUUAAAUUUUUACCAACUUUCAAUUUGCUGAUAUUUCCAAACUCAUUUGAGCCAAAACCAAUAUCAGUACCUAUAUGUAGAAUUAAGUCAGACCUAGAAGUCCUUAGUCCUAAGAGUGCAUUUUAAAUUUAAGGGAUGAGGUUGAUCAAAGAAAAAGACUUCAGCUGAUAGAGAUCUGUUCCGCCUAAAACUUGCAUAUGGCAGAUAUUUACAGCUGCUAUAUAUAUAUAUAUUUUUAAAUGUUGACAGAAAUGUCCUUUCUGCCAAUAUGGUAAUUAACUUUCUAAGUUAAUAUCUGCUGAUACCUCUAUCAUACAAAUAAUGUCAUGCCACACUAAUGUUUGUAAAGCCAUGCCUCCUUAAAAUUUGAUGAUGUAGUCCUAGCUGUUUAAUGCUUGUUACUUUUAGUCACAUUUUUGUUGUAGUUACCUGUCAUAGUUUUUGUAAACAAAAGCUUUAAGUCCAUUUUAGUCUUUGAAUAGUCAUUACAGAAAUUUUCUGUUCUCAGACAAACUCAGUAAUCCAAAUAGUACAAUUGGUAAUAUAAUCAUGAAAAAAACUCUAACAUAGUUAGGCAGAGGUGUCCAGACUUUGGCCCAGGGACCAAAUGCGCCCCACAUUCUGUAAACAAACAUUUUGACAAGAAGAAUUUAUUGUUUAUUUCUAAACCUAAUUUGACAGCUCUGUAAAUGGUGAACAUAUUGGAAACCAAAAUCAUCAUAUUUUGAUUUAUAAUCCCCUUGCUGAUGGCAGCAGUAAAUCACAGUACCAAUAGUGUUCCAGUGAGGAGCCAGUGGUAGCCAAGGCUGACCAGGGUUCCCAAAAUCCUUAAAAUAAUUGGUGUUUUGCCUUAUCAGCCAUUAACUAGACAUUUGAGUACACUCAAUCGCUAAGCAUAUCUAAACCCACGUUAGACUGCUUUAAUAUCCUCAAGGUGAGGUAUAUAGAAGUGGCCUACUUAUAUUUUUUAAUGUGGUCCUCAGUGGUAAAAGUUUGGACACCCCAGUAUUGUGGCAUUAUCAGUGCUUCAAAGUACUUACAUACUGCUUCAAAACUGUUGAAAAUACUAAAACUAUUUUUUACUAGAGGAGUACUUUCCCUGUAGGGUGCUUUUACUUGUAUACCUGUAGAAGUGGAUUUUGAGUAUCCACUAAAAUUUCUUGUUAAUAAAAUCAAAGCACACUUUUCACCAGCGUUUUCAUUAUCAGUUUUUAGCUAGUCAUCAUUUCUUCAUAAUGGAAAAUGUAGCCGAUGAAUAUUUAUCACAUUUUUAUUAAUUAAAGCAGCACUGGGUUGCAGAGCUUCUACGCAGAGGUUAGCGUUGUUGCCUCACAAGAGAUAGGUUUCUGGUCUGAUUUUUUCUGUGUGGAAUUUGUAUGUUCUCUGUAUUAAUGGGUUCUCUUCAGGUACUCCAGCUUCCUCCCACAGCCCAAAAACAUGCUUGUUAGGUUAAUUGGUGACUCUAAAUUGCCCGUAGGUAGCGUGCCUUGGUUUUCUCUACUUAUCAGUCCUGUAAUUUACAGGCGAUCAGUCCAGGGUAAAUCCUGCCUUUCGCUUAUUAACAGCCGGGAUUUGCUCCAGCCUUCUGUUACCCUGAAUGGGACUGUGUAAAUAAUGGAUGAAAAUCAACACUAAACCAUGCUCACAGUUAACAUGUGUCUUCAUGUAACAGAGCUAUGCACACAAAUUGCACAUCAUCAGACACAGAUUAUGACUAUGGGCAUGGAUUAAAUGUGCAUGGAUUUUUCUUACUGAGAGCAGAUUUCUUCAGUCGCUCUUUUUCACAGCAGCUCAGAGCCACUUUUGUUUUGUAAAUACUUUAUUUUAAAUCCCUGAUGUUUGCAGAGGAGUAGAAGUGAGUUGGUGUUGUAAGUGUAGUGUGCAGGCCCAGAGGAAAACAUAUUUUGUGCAUAUAUAUUUGUGUAAAUCAUGUAUUUUUGUAGAAGAUACUUCAAUAAACACUAUUUUUUAUACACUGU